CUAAUAAUAAUAACAAUACAUAAAAAUAAAAUAAUGAUAAAAAUAAUGACAUCCAAUCUGCUACUUGUUACUAUGCAGUUCAAAUAGUGACUAGUUGUUGUUGUUGUUUAUAGGCUCUCUAUAUUUGGUCUAAAUCUUUUUUAUACAUGCAGUUGUUUAAUGGUAUAGUAGCAUUGGCAAUACCCAUUAUGUACUCAGAAAAGCUUCUGAGAAAACCAUAAUCGAUAACAUAUUGUCAUAUUUCCAAUCCCUAAUUGAAAGGGAUGUUGACUUAUACAGGUCUUAUUCCAGCCAAUCAGGUUUUCAGUUUAGUUAUUUUCAUCCCUAUCAAGACAGAACAUAGAGAACAUGUCCAUAAACAGUUUUACAGUGUUCUUUUUUGUUAUUUGUGGGAUUUGUGGGGUCAUUUCUCUGUACCUCUCUCUGAGUGGUUAGCUGUUAGCAUGUAGCCCUCUGUUGACCCAUUACCCCCUUCCUUCCCUUUACUGAUGAGUGCACUAUUGUUGAGGGCUGUCUUCGCCUUGCAGCUGACCUUGGCUCCUAUUUCUCUCACUCUAUCUCUCCCUUAAGAUACUCUGUCCCCUUGAGAUUUUGUACAUAUGCUAUGUUUGAAGUAAGAUGAUAAACAGCCAAAACCAGAGUUGCAUCUGUCGCAAAAUUACUAUCAAAAUGACAAUAGACAUAUAGAGGCCUCUUGAUAAAGUCCUCUCGAGUACUGACCUUUAAAUAAAGGUCAUCUGUUUUAAUUAGUGUGGCACAAUAGAGCGCCACAUUUGAUUCCUCACAAUCAUAUAUCACACUGAUUACAGUCAUUAUGAAAUAUGCCAAGCCCCCCACCAAGUCUGUCAUUUUAAACACCAGAAGAAGAGCAAUAGUUAAAACUAAACGCAAAUAUGCUGUCACGUUGCAAUAUGAAAAAUGUCUUGAUUGUGCUUUGACUGUGACAGUAAUGCAUUGUUAUUUAAUGUGCCAUAUUAAUUUAUGUCCCUUGUUAUUUGUUUGCCAUCACUGUGUAGCUUUAGAAAUACGCUUAACUGAAUUUGUUCUCUUUUCAUUCCACUCUCUCUCUUCUCCACACGCCUGUAAUCCAUUAACAGCAAGGAUCCAGCAAGACUUGAAACAGCCCCCUACCAUUGUGAAGCAGUCUGUGAAGGACUACAUUGUAGAUCCCCGAGAUAACAUCAUCAUUGAGUGUGAGGCCAAGGGGAACCCUGUGCCAAUGUUUUGGUGGAGACGGAAUGGUAAGUACUUUAAUGCGGAGAAAGACCCGCGUGUGUCCAUGCGGAAGCGCUCUGGUACGCUGGAAAUAAGCUUCAGGAGUGGAGGAAAGCCUGAAGAGUACGAAGGAGAAUACCAAUGCUUCGCUUCAAAUGACCUUGGCACUGCAGUUUCCAACAAAAUACUUCUACGAGUAUCCAAGUCUCCGCUGUGGCCUAAAGAGGUUCUGGAGCCGGUGGUGGUCAGUGAGGGGUCUCCGCUGAUCCUGCCCUGCAAUCCACCUCCUGGCCUGCCCCCUCCGAACACCUUCUGGAUGAACAGCGCUAUGAUGCCCAUAACACAGGACAGCCGGGUGUCAAUGGGACUGAAUGGGGACCUCUAUUUCUCCAACGUGUUAGCUAAGGAUGCUAGCACUGACUACAGCUGCAAUGCUCGUUUUCUCUUCACGCACACCAUCCAGCAGAAGAACCCCUUUUCUCUGAAAGUCAUGACAACACGUAAAAUUCCUGAAACUGCACCUAGCUUUCUCUCUCCCUCUGGACUGCACAGCUCCAAGAUGGUGCUCCGUGGGGAAGACCUUCUUUUGGAGUGUAUCGCUGCGGGAGUCCCAACCCCUGCCGUCAAGUGGUUUAAGAACGGCGGGGAUCUGCCGGAAAGGAAGGUGAAGUUUGAGAACUACAAUAAAACUCUGCGUAUCGUUUCUGUGUCAGAGGAGGACUUAGGAGACUACGUCUGCAUGGCCAGUAAUAAGAUUGGCAGCAUUCGCCACUCCAUCUCAGUUCAAGUAAAAGCUGCUCCCUAUUGGCUCAAUAAGCCUACCAACCUGGUGCUUGCCCCAGGUGAGAAUGGACAGCUGGUAUGCCUAGCCAGUGGAAACCCUAAACCCAGCAUCGAGUGGCUCGUAAAUGGAGAGCCAAUAGAGAGUUCACUGCCGAACCCGAGCAGGGAUGUGGUAGGUGAUGCAAUCAUCUUCAGGUCUGUGCAAAUCAGCACCAGUGCUGUGUACCAGUGCAAUGCCUCAAACGAACAUGGAUACCUGCUGGCCAAUGCUUUCGUCAACAUACUGGAUAUGGCACCUCGGUUGCUGGGCCCCAAGAACCAGCUGAUUAAAGUGAUUGAGAACCAUCAAGCCUUCUUGGACUGCCCUUUCUUUGGUUCACCUUAUCCAGACGUGCGCUGGUUUAAGAAUGGCCAUGGCAUCGUUCUGGACGGUGUAAAGUACAGGUUACAUAAUAACGGUACACUGGAGAUCAAGCGGGCUCGACCUGAGGACCAGGGAACGUAUACGUUCGUGGCCAGCAACAUCCUGGGCAAGGCUGAGGAUCAAGUCCGCUUGGAAGUCAAGGAGCCAACACGAAUAGUCCGGAUCCCAGAGCACCUGUCUGCCAAUCGUGGAAGCCUGGCUCGCUUUGACUGCAGAAUCAAACACGACCACACACUCCCUGUCACAGUCAGCUGGUUCAAAGAUGACAAGCCCCUCAGUUUUGGUUGGAUGAGCAAGUAUAAGAAGGACGAGGACUCAAUGUCGAUCCCCAACAUCCACAGUGACGAUGAGGGAACCUACACAUGCACAGUCACAACAGAGUUAGAUCAAGAUUCUGCCUCUGCCCGCCUUACUGUAUUGGAGGAUGAUUCCCUGUCUCCCUCAAAACCUAGUGCCUUCGCAGAUCGUCCUGAUCCUCCUGAGGACCUGGAGCUCUCUGACCUAUCAGCGCGCUCUGUCCGCCUCACCUGGGUCCCUGGCAAUGAAAACAACAGCCCUGUCACCCAAUUCCUUGUUCAAUAUGAAGAGAACCGGUGGAGACCAGGUGAAUGGCAAAAUCUGUCCAGUUAUGCAGGCGACCAGAACUCAGUGAUCCUGCAGCUGUCUCCCUUUGUGAAUUACCAGUUCCGAGUAAUCGCAAUUAACAGCGUGGGCCAAAGCCGCCCCAGCCUCCCCUCAACCCGCUACCAGACCAGCGGAGCUCCCCCUGAUGUUGCCCCUAGUGGCCUUAAAGGGUGGGGCACCAGAAAGACCAACAUGGAGAUCACUUGGCAGCCCCUAUUGGACACACAAAGGAAUGGACCUGAGCUACGUUAUGUUGUAUCAUGGAGGAGGAAAGACCAUGAGGAGGAGUGGAAUAAUGUAACCACCACCAGUACAAAGCACGUGGUCAGGGAUACAGAGACGUAUGUCCCCUACGAGAUCAAAAUCCAGGCAGUCAAUGACUUUGGACGAGGCCCCGAAUCAAACAUAGUCAUUGGUCACUCAGGAGAGGACAAGCCCUCUGCUGCCCCUGCUGACCUCAGGGUGUCAAAGAUCGACAGCACCAAAGUGAACGUGCACUGGGUUCCUGUCGACCCCAGCAACAUUCACGGAGAGUUUAAAGAGUACAGACUGUACUAUUGGAGGGAGGCCAGCCUGGUGAAGGGUCUGAGGGUGACCAAAGAGAAGAAGACGAAAGGUUUCUACAGUGAUGUGUCUCAGAACACUGGCAUCCUUACUGAUCUAAUCCCUUAUAGCAAAUACAGCAUGUACAUGGUCGUAGCCAACAGUAAAUUCGAGGGACCACACAGCAAAAUAGUGGAGUUUGAGACCAAGGAAGGCGUGCCAGGGGCUCCAAAGUUCUUCAAAAUUGUUCAGAGGAACACAGACACCAUUCACCUGGAGUGGGACAAGCCUCUUGAGCCGAACGGCAUUCUGAUCGGAUACACACUCAAGUAUAAUACAGUUAAUGGGACACAGGUGGGCAGUCAGCAAGUUCAGAGCUUCUUCCCCAACGAGACAGAAUAUACAAUUCGUCUGCCCGACCGCUUCACCCGCUACAAGUUCUACCUGUCUGCUCGGACGCAGGUUGGCGCUGGAGAGGUCUAUGCUGAGGAGUCGCCUCACUUUGCCAAUGAAGUGAUUGAUUCUACAGAUGCCUUGGUGUUUGCAACUCCUCCUCCCCCUCUUCCCCCAACCACUGUCCCGACUACAACCAUUAGUACCUCAACAACUACUACCAUUGCCCCUACUACUGCUGCUACCCCCACUACUCCUGCUCCAACUACUGCAACAACUCCAACUACAACCACCACUACUACCUCCAGCACUACAACUCUCCCUACCCCACCUUUCACCAUCAAGCGGGUGGAUAUGAACAUGCUGGCCCCGCAUAUAAAGAUCUGGAAUCUGACCGUGGAUGCUAACAGUGACUAUGCUAACGUCAGCUGGAAGCACAACUUCCCUGUUGACAGCAGCGAGUUUGUGCUAGAGUUCACACUGGACAGUAAUGGCCCUAUGAAAAGUGUGCUGUUCAAACAUCAACCCCCCAUUAAACUGGCUGGGCUGACAGCUGGGGCCAAGUACCGGCUACGUGUCUAUUCCCACGAGCAGCCUAGCGUCACCAGCGAGUAUGUCACCUUUGAGACCAGCGGAGCCUACAGCAAGGACCAGGUAGACAUUGCCACGCAGGGCUGGUUCAUUGGUCUCAUGUGUGCCAUUGCACUUCUGGUGCUCAUCCUGCUCAUCGUUUGCUUCAUAAAGAGGAGCCGAGGAGGAAAAUACCCAGUGAGAGAGAAAAAAGAGCUACCUUUGGACCCUGUAGACCAGAAAGACCAGGAUGGAUCAUUUGAUUACCAGUUAGCUCUGACGUAAUAGAGAGAUGAGCGGGAGCAGCCCUUCUCUGUAUUAAUGAAAACUAAUGAAUAACUUAAUAACUUACAUAAAAUCUUCUUUAAAGAAACAAAAACAUUAAAAAUCAGUCAUUUGUUACGCUUAAACUAACCAAAUGCUUUACAGAAACACUGAUCCCAUUAAGCUCUCUGUCUAGCAGGAGCUGGGCAAGCAUUGCCAAGGGCAACGGUCACUCAAGUAACGAGGUAGCGGCGGUUGCCAUGGAGUUGACUGCUCUCUGCUGUGGCCUCGCUGAGAGUAGCUCCAGACAAUGGUCAGCAAAACUGCCCUGCUCCCCUCUAGUCUUCCUUCAGAUAGCCAAACUCUGGAUGACUAAGGGAUGGGCUACAUUUGGCACGCAUUUAUGCCAUACUGCUCGGGCACACAGUCCUUAUGCCAUUUGGCAGUUAUCAAGGCACUGCAGUGUGGUGCUAAUUGUACCUUUGACCUCAUUAUAAGCUGCAGUCAUAGUAGUGAAAAAAGCAUGUUAUUGUCAAAGUGCGCUGGCACGGUCACUAACAAUUUUAUGUGUGACCUAUGAUAGCUGUUUAGUCUUAUUGGAAAUCUACCUUAUAGUGUAAUUUGGUAAUAAUAGUUUCUUACUGUGAGCUCAUUGAAACAAGAAGAGAAAUUCUGUAGAAAGUGCAAAUUCUAAACUUUCAGUCAAUACAGUGUUUUUGUUUCUUAGAAUGAAAUGAUUUAAUAAAAGGUUAUAUUUGUCAAUACAGUCAUCUGUUGGGAGGUAAAUAAAUGAAGAAAACACAGAACAUUAAUUUAUAGAGACAUGUCUUGGGUCUUACUACAACAAAAGUUCGAACUUCCCACUUAGUGCCAUAACAUAUUUAGAGGGCAGCUGAGAGUAAUGUUUGUUUAUUUGAACUGGAGCUGUGUCUGUCAUCAGGUGGAAGCUACUAGUAUUGACAUCUAAUAAACUUUAGGUUUAUAUGUUAAUAGCUGUAUAGAAUUAACAAAAAAGACCUUAAAAUCCUUGCUCACAAAGACAGUUAUUUGUCACAGUUGUGACAGGCCUAAGUAUUUUCUUGUUUUGCAGACAGAAAAAACAUUUUUUUUUCCAUUUUCGUAAUUUGCCAUGAUUGUCAUUGUUUGACAUAGAAGGAAACAUAAAAAGUCAAACUCAAAGCUGUCGAUAUAAAAUGUACAUGAAGUUCACUGUGUAACUCACUAAAUAAUUUAGUGUGUAAUUAUAUUUGAAUAAUUUAGCAAAACUAAAGCAGUAAGCGUUGAUGCACAGAUACAGAUUACAGAUGCUGACUGAACUAAAGACUGAUUCAUUAGCAUUAGCUGUUUUAACAUGCUUGUGCUUUUCCACUAUAAUGUAUUAAUUUGUUGAAUGGAAAACAUUCACUAACAGGUGCACUAACAAGGCAAAACGUUUCAUCUUACUUUCUGCAAAACACAGCCGCUUAUUAACAUCUUCAACAGCUGUUCUGCAUUCAGCGGCACACAUUCAGUUCAUCUUACUAUGUACUCCCUGACAAGAGACUCAAAACCACAAAUCUGCUGUAAUUGAUUGCCUCUCUAAUGCCAAGUCCUUUUUUUAGUGGAAAUCCAUGUUAAGAUCUGUCUUCUACGUGCGCUCAAUAGCUCUGCUUCUAACUCCUUUGUCGUCUAAACUGUUAAAUGUCCUUUUUACCACCCAUCCUUGUGACCCCUCCUCUUCCUCUCUCUCCCUCCAUCACUGAAAAUGACGGAUUGGUUAUUAAGGAAUGAGAACAGGUAUUUGGUUUUGACACAGCAUCUGUCAGCUUGAGCAUGUUAUAGACCUCUGAGGAUGUGUCAUUGUUUUGCAGUUUGCUGUCAGCAUCCGGACAAGUCCUGGAUCUUAGUUGUUUUUCAUGGGAAGAAUGAAUGGCACUAUGUGGUUAACUGAGUUUCGAAGUCUACCCGUGCUGCCUAAAGUUGGUCCAUGAGGACAUUUGAUUUGGCUGCCCAGAAAGUUGCUCUACCUUCACCCCUCACUCAAUUUGAGAACAUAUUUCCAUAUUGUAUAUGACUUAAUUAAAUUUUAGAUUUCCUUUACAAGUUGUACCUUUUGAAGUAUUUUAAUAACAAAAUAUAGUGUAUUAUUAGAAAAUACCUUUUUCAUCGUUUUUUGCAUCGUUUUGCAUCGUUUUGUUAUUUGGCUUUCAGACCAACCGCAAAUUCAGCAUUGUAGACCCCUAAGACACAACGUUUGGGUACCCGUUAUCUAUAUCUUUUGUCCUAUGUACAUUUUCCCCCAAACAUAAACGUGUCAUUUGAAUUACACGGUUGUUCAAAUAAGGAUAACGGCUACAUACAUGCUACAUGCAAGCUAAAACUACUGCAUGUUGACAACAGCAAUAAAGACUGACAAAUACGCUGUGCAAACUAGCAAGCUUUGUCAAGUAGGGUAGUGAGGUGGCUUUGGCAGUAGUGGCCUACAGUUUGAGUACAGUAAGCUUCCAUUUUUAGUUGCGUUACUUUUCUGUAAAUUAGUGAUAUCAACUAAAUGCACUGGAGUGUUAGCCUGCUUGUAGCCAGAAGACCCAGAGUAUCCAGUGACAUUCAGGGGGAAAAAAUAUAUAGAGGAUAAAACAUAUUGACUUUGGGACAUUUUUGUUUGCCAUGGAGUGCCACAGCAGCAAUUUUCAGUAGCACAAUUCAUUUUUCACAUAGGCAAAACUGGCUUAGACCUGGAGUCCUUUUUUGGGCAUGUCGCUCAGAGGUCUAUUGUUUUUUUCUUAAAGGGAAGUUGGCUAGAAAGGUGGAGUCACAGCUGAUGUCCAGUCAGCAAUCUAGUUCUUCAGGGGUGUCAGAUACGUAAUUGGGCAUGUCUUUAUUCAAAAUAAGGCUGCACUUUCAAUCAUGAAGCUACACUGUUGACAAUAAUCAGUGCCAAUGGGCAUUAAACCCACCCUAUUAUAGUCCAUUAACAGCCUGUCAUUAAUGAGGCUCAAACAAAGUCAGUAUUUAACAGAGCGUCCCGAGACAGCUUGACGGGUCUUGAAGCGCUUUGCUUGGCCAGUAAAAGAUGGUUUUGUCUCUUCCCUGUAAAAGCAUAAUUGCUUUGUUUUUGCUGGAUGGCUGACAUUUAAAAAGCACCAACUCUGUGACGCAGAGGUCAAAUCAAUUUCACUGGAGUAGCAACGGAGGGCGAAGUGCCUCUCCCUCCGGCCCUGUUUGACACCCUUGAGGUACUGUUCUGCUGAAAAAGCAGCACUCGACAGCAAGAACCCAGUGUUGCAGCUACUGACUUGAAAUCCACUGUAUUUCUUGCAUGUAGUGUAAUGAUGUUAUUGCUCUAGCCUGCUCUGAGGUCAAAUAAAGUCAGACCCACAUGGAACAUGCAUGCAGUGAAACAGCUAGCAAAAUGUUUAGGUUCUUAAAGCCUUGCACUGCAAAAAAGAUGCCUUGGCAAGUGAAAGCACCUUAGUCAAUAUAUCUAUUAUGUGUUUCAUUGUAAGAUUGUUACAACAUUGUUAGAACAUUCAACUUCAUUUCCAGCAGGGUUGCAAUGACACAGCUAUUUUCAGUACGACUGUCGAUUCUGAAGACAAGAUUAAAUUUAGUUUUGGGAAUUUUAUGUAUUAUAAAGAAGCACUAGUCAUACUGCACAGAUUGUUUCUUAAAUAGAAUGUUAUUUUAACUCCUGCUCCUUUUUUAAGUCCCUCCCUCCUCCCUGCUCACUUUACUCUGAUAGGAUGCACCUAGAUGCCUGCAUUUGAUUAUUGACAGUGGAUUUUGUGGAAAACAGUGGAGAGACCCUUGUAAGAGAUUGAGGGGCAUGUCAACAAUACAAUUUAACAUUUCAAGUGAAAUUUUUUUUUUGCUUUUUGUACUGAAAUCAUUAUGCCCAUUUUUACUAAAAUUACUUAACAAAAGGGAACGGAUCUUACUGCAUUGGCAGACUCUGCCUUGAAACAAGAAAAGUGCUUUUCCAGUGCAGUAAAAAAAAGCAAGUAAAAAUGUCUACAAAUAGGUUGAAUAAUCUUACACUAAUCUUACAACAAUCUCAUAAUGAAAAGGUAGACGUAUUGCCUACAGUUAAAAUGCUUCCACUUGCCAAGACAUAAUUUUUUAUCAGUGCGGGCAUAUGAUGACAACAUAUUUCUUGAUUUUAAAAUGUUUGAUUUCACUGUGCUUGAGAUAUGGUUGGUAGGAUGUUGAUUAGCCAGAUUACAUUCACAUCAAACAGAAUAAUUAGCACGUCUGCUCUGCAUUCAAUGCACAAUUAACAAAAAUAGCAGCUUCUACGUGUCUUGAAUAGAAUAUUAGGGACAAGAAUGUGUGAGAAGAAAAGACAAGUGUUACACUGGUUUCUGUGUUCAGCAGUCCCCCUGCAGUGACUCAACUGUCUUUUCAACUGGUUUUCCAUCCUCUGUUUUUAACCCUCUCUUUCCCUAUUGUUCCCUGAAGGUCUCUUGAAAGGGAAAGGUAUGAAAGAAGAAAAAUGAGCAUUUUUGACUCCCUUAAUAUCAGUUUGCCCAUCAUCUGCAUUGAGUUUUUGGUUUUAAUCGAUUAACACACACACCUAAAUCAAUAACGACAUUGUCCAGGAUGUAAAAACACUCACCCCAAUGUUUUAGCAAGAGUGGAUUUCACUCAGCAUCUUUAACAUUUUUCAUUAUUUGACCUGUGGUUUGACCUUAAUCCAUCAACUAGAUUAAAUGUAUUCUACAUCAAACAAACAGAUUUUUUCACCAGAUAGCCUCUGGCCAAACCUUAACCCUGCUGCUGAAUCCCUGCUGAAUUUGUUUUUUUUGGAACUACAUUAUAACAUUAUUGAAAUGACAUGGUUUGAUCAUUUUGACAUUUCUCAGUUAGGUUUGUCACUCCUGUCUUGUGUUGUAACAUAUUUAUCUUGUAGUCCCAACCUGUGUCAUUAAUCGAUUAAAACAAAAAUUCCUUAUAAGUAGGGCUGGGUAUUGGUAAAGAGAUAUCAUUAAAAUACUAAUACAGAUAUCUUGUAGACUUCGAUAUCGAUACCUUUUUUCAAUUGCAAACUGAAAGUGGAUGUGGCUUAAGCCAGAAGUGAGUGUGAGGUUCUCCAUCCACUUUUGAUCAUGUAGCAUCAUUUAGUAGUCAGCAUCAUGCCAAUAUAAAGAAAUCUGAGUCCUAGAGGUUUUCCCAAUCGGAAAAAUGAUCAGUGUUUUCCCAAAGCACAGCAACCACGCUUUUCCUAUCAAACUACAUGCUUUGUUGAUUUGCUACAUUUCACAUUUUCGAAAAAUUUAAAUAAAAUAUAAAAUGUGGCUUGUACAAAGGUUAUGGAACAUUUUAUAAUGUAUUUUAUCCUGUAUGUUUACACUCCAAUGUGUUCACCUCAGCAAAUCUAAGAAACUGCACAACAAUUUGCAGAUAUUUCUAAGAGAAUUAUUUUCACUUAGAAAAUCAACAAAGCAUGUCAUUUGACUGGGGUAUGCAAGUUUUUAUGUAUGUCUGUGUGUUCCAAACCUGAAAACAAGGUCCAUUUUAGUCCCAAAAUGUCACUGGAUCCUCUGAAUUACAAGGUCAUUAAGGAGUCAAAAUAUGAAUAUUGCUACAUCCAUGCUAGAAGCAAGCUAACAUUCCUGUGCAGUAAAUUGACAUCUUAUGACAGUAAGUCUACCACUAAACUUUUACCUUAUUCAGUAACAACACCAGAUACUCAAACAGCUUAACUGAGAUAUUUGACAAAGCUUGCUGGAAUGUGUGGGGUAUUUUGGUGAGGAUGCCAGUUUUAUGAUGUCAGUUCAGUGCACAGCAGUGUUAGCUUGCAUGUAGCAACAUUCAUAUUUCACCUCCUUGUCCUUGUAAAUUCAGAAGAUCCAAUGACAUUUAGAGGAAAAUGUACACACAACAGAACAUAUAAAGUUUUGAACAUUUUAGUUUAAUACAGUGCGUGAUUUUUAAAAAUGCUGUUUUCCCCAUAGGGAGACAUUGCUUAGACUCUUUGGUCUCAAAUGAGAAGGUGCAACACACAUCUUGAAUGCUAAGACUGACUACUUAGGUAUUGAAAUUCAGUACUAAAUAACUCAAAAUCUGAUAUAUGUACUAAUUCUAGUAGUAUUGAAGUCAUUUGGGCAGUACUGUAAAAAUUUCGAACUUUGAUACCCAGCCCUGAUUAUAAGCAGUUUCUCGUUGUUCUGUUCCUUUUUUUAAAUUUAAUGGAGGUUUGAAUAUAGUAAUAUGUUGUGCCAAACACGUGGUUUCAAACCAGUUUUACUUAAGGAGUAAUGUUCACAUUAUUGCCUCUGUUGUUUUGCCUCAGUGAUCCCCUAAGCACAGUGACAAUGCUACUGAUGUGGGCUUCCAGCUGACAUGGUUUCAGAGCAUGGUGCAUGCAAGGAACCAUGUCCUCUAGCCACAUUAUAUCACAACUGUCAUUUGAAACAUACGCUGUACACCACUGGCCACUUUACAGUUAGAGACUGUAGACCAUCUGUUGCACACAAUUCACAUUAGUCUUCCUCUAGCCCUUCAUCAGUGGUCAGUUUCUGUCCGCAGAACAGCUGUUAAGGACUACAACAGCAGACCUGUAAUCAGAAACAGACCAAGAUUUAGUGGUGUAGAAGGUGGCUGACAAAUUGUGCAUGAAAACAGAUGUCUGCUGUCUGUAAUUGUGCACUUAUAUAGCGGACUUCAUAAAGGCAUCUGUUGGUCGUACAUUUUCUAAACUGCGGAUAGGUGUGGCUCAUAAAAUGGCCAGUGAGUGGACGAACAAGGUAGGCCUUCCUAAUAAAGUGGAUGACGAAUCUUCUUGGCUGGCUGAUGCUUCUUGUUUCUGUGAAGUGUACACUGGAUGAAAGCAUUUUUGCAAUACAGAAGACUUGAGUAUAUCAUAAGGUCCUGUAGUGGGAUAAAAAUAGUGUCAGUCACACCUUCUUUGAUUGAUUGAUUUUUUCAGCAUCGUCCACAAAAUGAGAAUCCUUCAUUCAAUGGAAAAGAUCUUGUAAAAGUCUGCACUAUAAGCCUUUUAUCUUUUUUUCUCUCAAGUACCUUACCCAGGUUCUGUAGUGCUCUUCAAUUCUGUGCCUGCUGUGACAGAGCAGAUGUGCUUUUCUAAUUCUUCUUGCAUGAUUAUCCUUCAUACUUGUGAGCAGAUUCAGUGUCAGCAUCAUAUGUCUGCGAACGGAGGGCAAGAGAAUUAGUAGAACAUAGAUGUGUUGGUAAUUUGCCAUCGUAUUACCUGAACCAUAAUGAAUGAGUGUCUGGGCUGCAGAAGUGUUUUGUCAAUAAGCAAAGCAUCUGCACCCCCCCACCCACCUCCUUACCCCCACUGUGCUUUGUGCACCUCAAAAAGUGGCUCUCUCCUGGGAUGAAACUAUUGUUUUUGUGCUUUAGUUUUUGAUAUCUUUGCUCUAUUGUCUGUUUUCUGAGAGAAGAAAAAAAAUGUCAAGUUCUACUUUUGUGAGAAAGCUCCUGAAUUAUAGAUAUUCCUGCAAAAAAUAGUUUGCCUCUUUGCUAUCCAAUGCAAAGGUUUUCCUUUGCGGUUUUCUCUCGGAUAUCCACAAUGAAAAGUAACAAAAGAGCAAAGCAGCUCAAAGUUUUCUAUUUCUGAGGACUCUUUGGUUUCAAACUAUUCGUUAUCCUGGUUGCAAUUCCAUUUCAGGAGUGCAGAAAUGGAAAGACAACUUGAAUAGGCACAUGCUGAUAUAAAAUCUCAAGGACAACAUUGAUAAUUAAUAAUUAAUACCUUGUGUUUGCUGAUACCCAUAACCAAUCAUUUAAAAAUAAUAAAAUAAAACAGUCCUUUUCAAAUUUGUCCAAUUUAUAGAUGCCUUUGCCCUGCUUUGCUGCUGUUAAUUUUCUUGCUAAUGCUAGACGUAUAUGAUGCUAGACUUUAUAUAGAUCAGUGGAAUGAUAAUUUUUGAAAUGACUAAGUAGACUAGUAGCAAUGAAAGUCCUUAAUGAGUUUCCUUCCUUCUGAAAGUUUGUCGCAAACUGCUUUUCUGUUGUUCUCUUCUAAAGCUGCGAAAACAUCCAUCUUUAUUCUACAACAUCUGAGCAUGACUAUGCUUGCAUCAGUGCAUGCAUGGGCAAAAAUUAUGCCAAGUUACCAGCCAUAAUUAUUGGCUAUAAUUCUAGAAUCAGAUCAAUUACUAUUAAUAAUUUAAAAUUUCUCAUUUGUUGGUGAAAAACCAAGUAUCUUCUUAAAAUGUUCUUAGCAGCAGGAAAAACAUCAAUAACAAACAAGUGGCUUCACCUGGAUGUCCGAACUAAAGGACAGUGGAUACGUUUUUUUUUUUGUUAACAGUUAAUAAUUAUGUUUUUUUCUUCACCUUUUUGCUAAAUGGGUUUAAUGUGCUCUAUGGCCAAAAGUAUGUAUACACCAGUAGCUUGUUGGACAUCCCAUUCCUAAACAGUAGGCAUUGACAUGGAGUUGCCCCCUUCUUUGCAGCUAUAACAGGCCGCACUCUUCUGGGAUUUUGUAGAGUACCUGUGCUCAUUCAGUCAAAAGAGCAUUUGCGAGGUCAGACACUGAUGUUGUACAAGAAGGCCUGGCUCACGAUCAGCAUUCCAGUUUAUCCCAAAAGUGUUCAGUGGCGUUGAGGUCAGGGCUCUGUGCAGGAGUUCCUUCACACUGCCAUGUCUUUUUUGAACCUCAGUUUGUGCACAGGGGCACAGUCAUUUGCACCAGGAAAGUGCUCAGACUGUUGCCACAAAGUUGGAAGUUUGUAAUUGUCUUUGUAGGCAUUAACAUUAGCCUUUACUGGAACUAAGAGCCUGAGUCCAAACCCUGAAACAGCCCCAAACUAUUAUCUGUCCCCCACCCAACUUUACUGUUGGCUUUGUGCUCUUAGGUAGGUAGCGUUCUCCAGGCACCCACCAAACCCAGAUAGCGAAGCGUCAUUUGUCAGAGAACAUGUGUCCAAUGGUGGCGUUUUGCACCACUCCAGCCGUUGCUUGGCGUUGUGCAUAGUGAUCCUAGGCUUGUGUACAGUUGCUUGGUUAUUGAAACCUAUGUCAUGAAGCUCCUGACACCUGUGCUGAUGUUGCUUUCAGAGGCUGUUUGGAACUCUGUAGUGAGUGAUGCAACAGAGGAUAGGUGAUUUUUAUUCACCAUGAGCUUCAGCACUUGGCAGCUCUGCUCUUUGAUUAUGUGUGGUCUGCUGCUUUAUGGCUGAGCUGUUGUUGCUCCGACACUUCCAUUUCACAGUAAUAGCAUUAACACUUGACCAGGGCAGAUCUAGCAGGGCAAGAAUUUCUCUGACUUGUGGCUAAGGUGGCAUCCAAUGAAAACGCCAUGUUUAAAGUCAGUGAGCUCCACCCAAGAGCUCUAUCUAUUCUACUGCCAGUGUUGAUCUUUGCUGUUUGGCUAUGUGCUUGAUUUUAUGCACUUUUUAGCAAAGAGUGUGGCUGAAACACCUGAAGUGAAUAAUUAGGAUGGGUGUCCACAUACUUUUGGCCAUAUAGUGUAUAUUGUUCACACAUGUAGACCCUUAGCUGUGAAGUGGGAUGUUACAUCACUCUGUGUUUUUUUUUUCUAUCA